AUGUUCGCAAAAACAAGCCGGGCGUCACAGGGGCUGGGCGCCGAGGACGAGCUUUUCGGGGUCGGUCUUCGCAUGCCUGCGCUCCGUACGCACCAGCUGCCGAGGGGCGCGCACUUCCCGCCUCAAGUACCGCUCGACGAGUCGAGUUAUUGGCCGGCGACCGCUGCUGCGACUGGGCGACGCGCCUGUCACGGGGGCUGGGCGCCGAGGGCGAGCUUGCCUGGGGCGCUCUCCGCGCGCACGGGUUCGCCCGCGGCAGCUGCUGAGGGGCGCGCCAUGCUCCUCUCGAUGAUCGACCGACGAACCGAUAUCUUGGCCGGCGACCGCUGCUGCCGUGGGAUGGCGCGCCUGCAGGAGGGGCUGGGUGUCCAGGACAAGCUCGCGGGGCGGGCUCUCCGCGACGAUCAGCUUCGUGCGUGUUGGGCCCCGACGCGUGCGCUCUUCCAGAGCCGCGCGGCCGUCAGCCGCUGCCGGGGGCGCGAGUGCGCGUUUGAGCAGAGGGCUCCGCCGCCUGCUGUCUUCAUGUCCGGGCGCCGACCGUCGCCUCUGAUGUUUGGGUCGCGUGCGGGUGGCCAGCGACGCCGCUGCUCGCGCGUGUCGGCACGAUGCGGCUCCGUUGGCCUGACAUGCACCCCGGAAAAUGCGACACCGCCAAACGCCGCACCGGGGGCGGCCCCCCUCGGCCUCGCGCCCCUCGCCCUCUCCGACGGUGUGCGUUGUGGCUCUGCACUGAAGAGCUGA